GACAAAAAAUGGAACACACCAGCAGUGUGAGGAGACCUGAAAGUGGCACAUGGCAUGGCAGAGUGUGGCGAUGGAGACAGCAGCAAUGGGAGGCCGUACAGGGACCCAUGAGAGACUGUGGACCUGGCAGCAGCAUGAGGAGGCAGUACUGGGGCCCAUGGCAGAUUACGGGCCUGGCAGCAGCAAUGGGAGGCCCGUAAUCUGCUAGCACCCUAUGACAAAAAAUGUAACACACCAGCAGUGUGAGGAGACCUGAAAGUGGCACAUGGCAGAGUGUGGCGAUGGAGACAGCAGCAUUGGGAGGCCGUUACAGGGACCCAUGAGACACUGUGGACCUGGCAGCAGCAUGA